AUGGGGAAUUUUACGGAUGAAAUUAUCACACAAUAUUUUGAGAUUGAAAAUCACCUAAUAAAUGUGUUAAAGACUGCACCUUAUAUUCAUCAAUUUAUCCAUGGAGAUCCAAUAAGUGGUAGAAUCACCCUAUAUUUGAUAAUUUUGGGAGGAUUUGCUUUGAUUCAGGAGAUAUGGGUUAGUAUUGAAAUGACGUUAUUGCAAAAAGAAACAUAUGACGAACUGAAUGUAGGGAGAAUAGACGAGGGGAUUAAGUUACACCGUAUGAUACUUAGUGAUGAGUACCAUAGUAAGGAAUACAAGGAUGAGCAAUCCGGGAUCAUUAUAGAAGAGUUCGAGGAUAUGGAUAAGUUCUUUGCCAAACCAGUACAUGUUUCCGAUAUUUUUGUUCAUGGGUACAUCAUUGUCAAUGGUCAGCAAAUCCUUGACACACCAUUGAAAUAUCAUGUUGAAUUCUCUCCCGAAGAUUUUGAAAGUGAAAAGAGACAGGAUUUUGGGUGUUCACUCCAUGUUCUAAGAUUAAAGUUAUAUCACCUUUUCAAGGAUUCUACUUUUUACAAGGAAUACAACAAAAAUUCCAAUCCAUUUACCAUUUCUGGUAAUGUGAAAAUUUACAAUAAAUUCGGUGAGAAAUUGGAGGUAAACUUAGAUGAGGUCCAAUUAUGUUUCUUGAAGAUCGAAACAGGUGAUACAAUCAAAUGUGAUUUUAUUAUAGAAUAA